AUGCCUUGCCCUACCUUCAUCCUCCCUCGCCUCCCUACCUCCCUCAUCCAACGCUCCUCCAAUGGCGCCUCCCGACUCCUUUGCACCGCCAAAUCCGAAACGCACGCCCCCACCGCACCCCCUUUCCCCAAUGCCCCCGCCCAAGCCGGUCAUCUCUACGUUGUGUCCACCCCCAUCGGCAACGUCGCCGACCUAACAUACCGCGCCGCCGCCAUCCUGCACACUGCCUCCGUCAUCGCCGCCGAAGACACUCGCCGGACGGGUCUACUCCUCUCCGCCGCCGUUGGCCCGCGUCCGCAGCACCAGCGCUUGCUCUCCUGCCACGAGCACAACGUGCGCUCCCGAAUCCCGGACUUGCUGACUCGUUUAUCGGCAGGCGAUUCAGUCGCUCUAGUUUCCGAUGCAGGCACGCCGUGCGUGUCAGAUCCAGGCGCCCAGCUGGUCAAGGCCGCCGUGGAAGCGGGCAUGCCUGUCGUCCCGGUGCCAGGCGCUUGUGCUGCGCUUGCCGCAUUGGUUGCCAGUGCUUUGCCGUUGGGAGAGUUCACGUUUCUGGGGUUCUUACCGAGGGCAGGGGUGGAGAGAAGAAAGGCCAUGGAGAAGAUUGCUGCGCUUGAGGGUACUGUUGUGGUUUAUGAGGCACCUCAUCGAUUGCUGGUUACGUUGGACGCGCUGCGCGGGCCAGCGUUUGUAGGAAGGCAUGUCUGUCUUGCUCGGGAAGUGACCAAGAAGUGGGAGCAGUUUAUGAGGUUCUCAAGUCCUGCAGAAGCUUACGAAUGGUUUGAGGGAAACGACGUAGAACCACGCGGUGAAUUUACAAUUGUGCUCGGACCUUUGCAAAGGCCUGAGGCAAGUCGCGACGAUUUGAAUGCAUACUCUAAGGCAGAGGUUGACAUUGCGGCAUUGGCCAAGGCUCUCGUCGAAGAAGGCGUCCCGGCGAGUGCCGUCGCAAGGGGCAUUGCUUCUGCCGCAGACGUGCCGAAGAAAUUAGUCUAUGCUUUCGCAUCCAGCUGCAAGAAUUCAAUGCAGAAGAAGGUUGAGGGUAAUGGAACAUGA